CAAAGCUUGAUUUUUAUGAUUUGGAGUUAGCGACCUAGCGUUCUGUGAAACAUGCAUUAUUUUACUUAUUAUACACUCGCCGGUUUUCAUACAUAAGUAGGGAUUUUCAGUAUUAAAUAUAUACAUUUAUAAAAUAAACAAACAUGCCGACCGUAAUUCUACUGGACGUGUCCUUGUCCAUGUCUCGUACGGUCCCUACAUUAGACCCAAUUGAAAAUCAUACCCGGCUCACAGUUGCCACCGCUGCUAUAAAUUCGUUUUUGGAUUUUUUAAGUAUUCAUGCAAGAUUGGAAUAUGUCGCUUUGGUUACUUUCUCUUCUGUAUGCGAAGUGGCGGUUCCUUUUACAAGAGAAUUUGAGAAUAUUCGCAGCAAACUGCCGGUUCUUGAAGAGGGUGAUAAAACAUGCCUGGAUUCUGCCUUAGCUGGUGUCAGUCAGCUUAUUCUUACUGAAUGGGGAUACCAGACACCCAUGCAAAUCAUAUUGAUAACUGAUGGCAGUAUAGGUUCGGGUCCAAUUGGCAGAAGUAGAGCCAUACAAAACCUGCCUCUUCCAGCACCAUACCCUGUCAGGAUUCACAUCUUGCCUGUAGUCUCACCCGUUGAUCCCUGUCUGCAACACGCAAUGCCACUUUACCAGAAAAUUGUCGACCUGGCUACUUCUGCCAAUAAUUCAAGUGGCAAUGUCAGUCGAGGAUCAGUUUACUGCCUGGACCAACUUUCAGUUCCCAGUGCGGUGAACGCAAUAACGCGUCUGUGCGAGCAGCACUACCAGGAGUUCUCAUGCACGCUGAAGUGCGGGCAGCUGGCGGCGCGCGUGCAACUGUUCCCCGAGCCCCACCCCGCCGUGCACGAGGGCUACGCCGCCACCUACACGCUGUCAAACGAGAUCAACAUCAUGGGCUUUAUGCAUAUUAGCGAGCUGGGUACUCCAAUAUCAGUAAGCAAACAUCUAGUGGUGCCGCAAGCUCAAAACGGCAACUCUUCCAACAGAGAAAAUUACGGAUCCAAAACUCCAACAAAGGAUGGAUCGAGCAUGGAUGGCAGUUCACCGGACGAAGAAGUAUUGGACCACAGCAAGAUGCCUAAUUUCUGUGUUCUACUGCAUGGGGCGCUCAAGGUGGAGAACAUGGCAGCGAUAGUGGAGCUGGGCGGCGACUGGUGGGGCGCGCUGGUGGCGUGGAACGAGGCGUCGCGCUCGCGGCGCUCGUGCCUGCUGCUGUGCGUGCUGCGGCCUGGCGCCUCCGCCGCGCCCUGGCUCGGCCCGCUGGACCAGCUGGGCACGUGCGACGAGAACACGCCGCCAUCGGAGACGUACCCGGUGCGGUCGUGGCGUUCGUACAGCGGCGGCGGCGCGGGCUGUGCGUGGGCGCGGCCGCACGCGCUGCUCGCCGAUGUGCAGAAGGUGCUGCGCCACGCGCGCAAGCUGCCCGACAAGACGCAGCACCUCUACAAGGAACUAAACCGCCUACGCCGCGCCGCGAUCACCCUGGGCUUCUCCGAGCUGCUAGCCUGCGUGGGAGCUGCGCUGGAGCGCGAGUGCGCCGCGCUGCCUGCCGGCGCGCCGCCCGAGUGCGCGCUGCAGCUCGCGCACGCCGCCGCCGCGCUGCGCGACCCGCGCACGGCGCUCGACGUCAAGCACCACCUGCAACCGCUAGCCAGCAACUUCACUGUUACCUCUAUGCCACAUUAGCAAACUUUCAUACACACCUGCGCGGCCAUGUCUCAGGGUCAAACGUAACCUACAACCGGCCAUAGUUUGAGCAGAUUUGAAAUAUGUAGACACCAGAUUCAGUAUUCAGUAAAUCCAUGUAUGGCAUUGGGAGAUAUGGAGGUGCAGUCACUGGUUGUUAUCUGCGAGUUCGUUGUAGGCUCAGUUCUCCAUACAUCAUUUUACUGGAAAAAUUUAAUUACAAACCUCCAAUUCAAAAGUCUAAUUCGGACGUGAGCUUACUGCGGACUCUUAACGAACCUAUUCAACUUUUGUACAACGUUUUAAUAAAGUUAUUAUAAGUAUA